UGGAGGUUGUGGGCGGGGCUGCAGGAUGCACAGCUGAGCCGGGUCUCUCCGGUCAGACUACAGAGCUGCUGCUGUAGCGCAGGAUUAAGGAGCUGGAGAAAGAGAUGGAAGGAGGAGUUGGAAAAGCUGGAACUAAGAAAGAGAAUAAUCAGGGCUGGAUUCCCAGGACCAUCAACAAGCGAGUGUGCACUACUUUUGUUGAAGACUCUUCCAGAAAUGGAGUGUGGUGUCAGUGCGGUAGUGAGCGGGAGGUUCACUGCUAUGUGGCAACAGGGGACAGCUGUGGAGCUAUUGUCACCCAGUGGGACAGCAUCAAGCACUCCACAGAGUGUCCCACCGAUGCUUUUGGACAGCUGGAGUUUGCCGGCGCUGGACGCAGACAUAGCCAUUUUGUGCGGCUGUCAUGUGACACACAACCAGAGGUCAUCUACAAACUGAUGAUGGAUUACUGGAACCUGCCCCCACCUAACUUGGUGGUGUCAGUGGUGGGGGGCGAAGGCCAUGAGAAGAUCAAAACAUGGGUUAGAAAUAUCCUGAGAAACGGGCUGGUUAGGGCUGCGCAGAGCACAGGAGCCUGGAUCUUGACGGGGGGUCUAAGGGAGGGUGUGGCCCGCUGUGUGGGUGAGGCGGUGAGGGACCUUGGGGCCGCGGCUCCUGCUCUUUCCCAGAAGAAAGUGAUUGCUGUGGGACUGGCACCCUGGGGCGUGGUGCACAACAGGGAGCAACUUGUCAAUGCCCUGGGGAGUUUCCCUGCUCGGUACUACGUCCAGAACACAUCACGCGACUCCUGCCGCCUGGACAACAACUGCCAGGCGUUCCUCCUGGUGGAUGAUGGGAGUGUUGGCCGCCGGGGAGGAGAGACAGCCUUUCGUGCUCGUCUGGAGGACUACAUUUCCCAUCAGCGCACAGGCAUUUGGGGUAGUGGCAGUAUUGAAAUCCCAGUGCUGUGCAUGCUCAUCUCAGGAGACGCCAGUAUGCUGGAGAGAUUAGAUGCCUCUCUGAGGAAAGCUACGCCCUGGCUGGUUCUUGCUGGUACUGGUCCAGCUGCAGACCUUAUCAGUGAGCUGCUGGACAGUCUCUCCUCUAAUGGGGCAGAGGUGGGACCGAAGGAAACAAAGGGCGACGGUCUCAGCUCAGAGCACCGCGACUGGGUUCGUGACAAGGUCCGGAGACACUUCCCAGGUGAAGCAGAGCUGGAGAAAAUGGUUGAUAGGGCUUUGAGUAUUUAUAAGAACAGAGAGCUGGUCACUGUUUUCAACGGAGAACAGGAGGGUUCUGAUGAUUUUGAUACAGUUCUCCUCAAAGCCCUUGUUAAAGCUAGUAAAUAUGUGGCCAGUAAUGCCAGUGAGUACACUGAAGAGCUGAAACUGGCCGUGGCUUGGGACCGGGUGGACAUCGCCAAAACUGAGCUUUUCAAUGGAGGCAUACAUUGGAAGUAUGAGGACCUCGAAGACUCCAUGACAGAUGCACUGAUCAACAACAAGCCCCAGUUUGUGCGCCUCUUCUGUGAGAAUGGUCUGAAUAUCCUGGACUACCUGACAUACGGCCGCUUGGAAAGCUUGUACCGCUCGCUGUCAGACAGCUCAGUGGCCUAUGAUCUGCUCCAGAAGCAUCUGAGCGACAGGCAGGGCCUGGCUGGAUCCUUACACAACCUAGAUGGAGCUAAGACAGAGGAGGGGAUACCUCUGAAGAGUCCGAGUGCACCAACUGGACACGCCCCAGCAAUGGAGCUCAACCUGUAUCAUGUAUCCCGCCUGCUGUGGGACCUGUUGGGUGAUGUCUGUCAGCCUUUCUACUAUGGACCUCUGGGCCUUGACUACAAAAUCAGCACCAGGAGGGCUCUCAAGCAUGUCAAUAAAAUGCUGGUGGGGGACUGUUCCUACCGGGAACAGAGCUGUGCCUCGCCCUGGGCAGCGCUCUUCAUCUGGGCCGUCCUGCAGAACUACAGUGAAAUGGCUGUUUACUUCUGGGAGAUGACAGGGGAGUCUGUGCUGAGCGCUCUGGGGGGUUGCAAGAUGCUGAGGGAGCUUUCUAAGCUUGAGAGUGAGACUGAGAGCAAGCUGGCCAUGAAGGAACUAGCACAGAAGUUUGAGGACCUGGCACAUGAUGUAUUGGGUGAGUGUUACCAGAACAGCGAGAGUCGCUCCUUCACACUCCUUAUAAGGAAGUCUUCAGUGUGGGGUGGGGCCACGUGCCUGCAGAUGGCCACUGCAGCUGACGCCCGCCUGUUCUUCAGCCACGAUGGUGUUCAGUCUCUGCUGUCACAGAUCUGGUGGGGUGACAUGGAGAGGAGUACUGAGGUCUGGAAACUGGUUCUCACCUUCUUCCUGUCCCCGCUCAUCUACACAGACCUUAUUAAAUUCAGGGAACAAGAAGAGGAUGUUAAGUCUGUGGAUGUUCACCAUGCCAGAGACUCUGACAGUCUGGAUGGGCAUGAUGCCAACGCCUUCUCCAUUGCUGACACAACACAAAAUGACGAAGAUGUUGAAGACAUCAGCCCUGAAAAAGAAAACCUGAAAGACUCUUUGCCAUCCAACUCGAAGAGACCAUUUAUUGUGUCACGGUGGAGACAGUUCUGGUUUGCCCCUGUCACAUCAUUCCUUGGCAAUGUGCUGAUGUACUUCCUCUUCCUCUUCCUGUUUGCCUAUGUUCUACUGGUGAACUUUAAGCCCCCGCCACCUGACGGCCCUUCCCCUCUGGAGUUUGUGCUUUACUUUUGGGUUUUCACCUUAGUAUGUGAAGAGAUUCGGCAGACCUUCUUUGUUGGCAAUGCGUAUGUGCUCCAGAGUAUGAGGAACUACAUCCAGGACGUGUGGAACAAGUGUGACCUCACAGCCCUCGGCCUCUUCUCUUUGGGUCUGUGCUGCAGAAUGUUUCACUGGUCAUAUGAGUUUGGCCGAGCUGUGAUGGCAAUAGAUUUUAUGGUCUUCACACUACGUCUGAUCCAUAUCUUUGCCAUCCACAAACAGCUUGGGCCCAAGAUCAUCAUUGUUGGCAAAAUGAUGAAGGACGUUUUCUUCUUCCUUUUUUUUCUGGCUGUGUGGCUCGUGGCCUAUGGAGUGGCCAAUCAGGCACUGCUCUACUCGUAUGAUCCCCGCCCUACCUGGAUAUUCCGCAGAGUGUUCUACAGACCAUACAUGCACAUUUUUGGACAAAUACCCAUACAUGAAAUGGAUGCUGAUAAAUUGGAGCAAGGAAACUGUACAAAUGAUGCCGCACUAAUUGAAGCAGGUGAGGAGCCCUGUCUGAACACCUUCGCCAACUGGCUGGUUGUCAUCCUCCUUGUCAUCUACCUGCUCUUCACCAACAUAGUAUUGGUCAACCUGCUCAUUGCUAUCUUCAGCUACACCUUCUCCAAAGUACAGGAGCGCAGUGACACCUACUGGAAGUUUCAGCGUUACAACCUGAUUGUGGAGUACCACUCAAGGCCCUGCCUGGCACCACCCUUCAUUAUCAUCUCACACCUCCACCUUAUCAUCAAGAGAUACAUCCGCCACAUCCCUUCUGUCAAGAGCAAACACUUUGUUCUGGAGUUACAGGACAGGAAGUCCAGCGGCCUUAUCACAUGGGAGGCUAUCCACAAAGAAAACCUCCUCUCAGCUCAGAAGAAGCGGGAGAGGGAGAGUGACUCAGCACGGCUUAAACGUACAUCUGUCAAGGUAGACAGCGUGCUUAAGCAGAUGGCAGAGGUCCGGGACCACGACCGAAGGCUGCAGCUGCUGGAGAAAGAGCUGGAGUACUGCUGCAGUGCCCUCUCCUGGAUGACAAAUGCUCUGUCUCAGAGUGAUCUGAUAAAGGCCGGCCACGCCCCCUCCGCUCCUCAGAGAUCUGAAUCCAAGCUGACUCCUUGAACUCCAGGAACACACACACACACACACACACACACACAGUUUACUCAGGGCCAUUGUGUCAAAGAGCACCUUCUAUGCUAUUCUUAUUAUUAUUAGGGGUCCAAGCCCAAGGUGGCUGGGGGCUCCCAGUACCAAACGUGCUGGGAACUCUAUUGAAAUUGCUCCACAUCCACUUUUGUUGCCAAAUCAUAAAAGAUAUGCUAAAAGAAUUCUCCCAAGCAAAUGAUCUACAUGUUAUCCAAUCUCUCUGCUGCUUUCCACCUGUAACUUUCAUCACACCAAUGAGACUACGGGUCCGACUUGCACCGCCUCAGUGGGGCCGCCAGGUGCGGCUUGCGCCAGGGGGCUUGGAUCUCAUUUAUACCUGCUUGCAGGUCUAGUUUCCUUUGUUUUACUUUGUUGAUUUCAGAUAUGUUGUUUGACGUGCAUUUUAAUUAGAACAAAUAGUAUACUGAGGUAAAAAAGAUUUAACUUUUUUUAAAGUGCCGACAUGCUUUGCUGUCUGCUACAGUGCCUGUUUGGAUCCUACCACUACGAGUUGCCAAAGUCUGAAAUGUUCAAAUCUUACACAAGUAGGGCAUUGAAUGUUAAAUAGAGCCUUAAGCCCCAUAUGUGACCAGCAACUGCCUAGUUAUUAUGUCUGCUAAGUUGAUAAAGUAAGGUGAUUAUUAUUUUGUUAAAUAGAAUACUGUUACGUGAUCAUAACCUUUUCAGGAGAGAGCAACCUGCCUCAUUAACCUCAUUACAAAUCAAUAUUUUUAUAUUAACAAUGGAUCGAAUGUAGCCUCUUUUAGCUCAUUGUUUUGGGGUCGGGGGUUCUAGCAACAACUACUACUAGCCAAUCAGAAGCAGAGAAGGGCGGGCCAAUGAGAAGCUGGUAAACAGCUUCGGUUCAGCUGUUGCUGACUCCAGUCCAUGUUGCUUGGCAACAUGGACUGGAGCAAGAGUUUCAGAG